CAGACCCGUCUCGUACAUACACUCAUACUCAGUCAGUGAGUCGUCAGUUGAUUAUUUCCAAGAUGGCCUUCACCUCGCUCAGAAGUCUGGCUUGGGGUUCCCUGCAUCGGAGCUUGAACACCACGGCUGUACGGCAACGUGGACCCGGCGCCACUCACGGGGAUGAGGGAUGGAAGCGUUGGCGCAAGAUCACCCUCUUGGUGGGCGUGCCGGCCAUCAUUUUGGGCCACGUGAACGCCUUCUGGCCCAGUGAGGAGGACAAGGUCCAUCGACCCGAGUUCGUGGCCUACGAGUACUUGCGCAUCCGCAAGAAGGCCUUCCCCUGGGGCGAUGGCACCAAAUCGCUCAUCCAUAACCCACACACCAACGCUCUGCCCGACGGGUACGAGGACGCCGGUCACUAAGUCCAUCCGGACUGACCGUGCAUUAGUCGCUCAUGCCAGCUACUACCUUAUGAUUUAAUGUCUAAUAAAACAUGUACAAAGCCGUGUCUCGACGGGAAUAAAACCACGCCCAGGUCGGUGCAUAAAAGGCA